UGCCGCUGAGCUGAGCGAAGCUCUGGAUCUGCGCGCUUGACAGCCCCGGGAGAAGGAGGCGCGGGAGACAGGGUGAUCAGCGAGAUUCACAGCCCUGAAACUGCGCGGGCUCCGGCGGCGGCGGCAGGGCAAGGUGGUCUCAGCACUUGCAGCUGUCUAUACACUGGGGACGUCGCUGUCUGGAGCAAGCAAGCUCCAGGAACCCUACAUCAAUUUUCAUUUGACAAGCUGGUGACCAAGAUGCCCAGAGAUUAGUCCCCAUGCAUGUGCGUCACCUUAGACACAGUCAUAAGACACAGCAAGCCUCCAGACUUCCUGACCUGUUGCUUGGGGACACGUCCCUUCCCUGCUCCUGACGUCUGCCUGGUCAACCUUGGCUUCCUCAGAGAACAAGGAAGGAGGUGGGACACAUGAAACCAUGCCACCCAAGGCCGAAUGGCAAUGAGCAAGUGACGCCAAGUUGACGUCAAAGACAGAAGCGGCUGAAAUUCUGCAACCAGCUCUUUUCCUGGAGUAGUUCAGGGCCCCUGCAAGAGUCAUCUUAGCUUAGAAGUCUUCCAAAGGACACAAGACACCAUGGAAGAGCACACAUUUGGAGUUCAGCAGAUCCAACCCAAUGUCAUUUCUGUCCGUCUUUUCAAACGCAAAGUCGGGGGUCUGGGCUUCUUGGUGAAGGAACGGGUCAGCAAGCCACCCGUGAUCAUCUCCGACCUGAUUCGAGGAGGUGCCGCAGAACAGAGCGGCCUUAUCCAAGCCGGAGACAUCAUUCUAGCCGUCAAUGGCCGGCCCCUGGUGGAUCUCAGCUAUGAGAGCGCCCUGGAAGUACUCAGGGGCAUUGCCUCUGAGACCCAUGUGGUCCUCAUUCUGAGGGGCCCCGAGGGCUUCACUACACAUCUGGAGACCACCUUCACAGGAGACGGAACCCCCAAGACCAUCCGGGUGACCCAGCCCUUGGGUCCCCCCACCAAAGCUGUUGAUCAGUCCCACCAACCGUCAGGUGGCAAAGACCAGCCAUUAGCAGUAGGCAGGACCACGGAUCCUGGUAAUGGGCCUCAGCAUGCCCAUGGCAAUGGACAGGAAGCUGGCUUAGUCUCCCAAGCUAAUGGUCUGGCCAUCGACCCUACAAUAAAAAGUACCAAGGCCAGUCUCCAGGACAGCCGGGAACAUGACGAACUGCUCAAAGAGAUAGAACCUGUACUGAGCCUCCUCAACAGUGGAGGCAAAGCAAUCAACAGAGGUGGACCAGCCAAAGCAGAAAUGAAGGACACGGGUGUCCAGGUGGACAGAGACGGGGACGGCAAGCUGCACAAAGCUCUGCCACUGGGCAGCGAGAACGACCGAGUCUUCAAUGACCUGUGGGGGAAGGGCAACGUCCCUGUGGUCCUCAACAACCCAUAUUCAGAGAAGGAGCAGCCCCCCACCUCGGGAAAGCAGUCCCCCACCAAGAAUGGCAGCCCUUCCAGGUGCCCCCGCUUCCUCAAGGUCAAGAACUGGGAGACAGAUGUGGUCCUCACUGACACGCUGCACCUCAAGAGUACAUUGGAAACGGGGUGCACAGAGCACAUCUGCAUGGGCUCUGUCAUGCUGCCAUCCCAGCACACUCGGAAGCCAGAAGAUGUCCGCACAAAGGACCAGCUCUUCCCGCUAGCCAAAGAAUUUCUCGACCAAUACUACUCAUCCAUUAAAAGGUUUGGCUCCAAGGCGCACAUGGACAGGCUGGAGGAGGUGAACAAGGAGAUUGAAAGCACCAGCACCUACCAGCUCAAGGACACCGAGCUCAUCUACGGAGCCAAGCAUGCCUGGCGGAAUGCCUCUCGAUGUGUGGGCAGGAUCCAGUGGUCCAAGCUGCAGGUGUUCGAUGCCAGAGACUGUACCACGGCCCAUGGCAUGUUCAACUACAUCUGUAACCACGUCAAGUACGCCACCAACAAGGGGAACCUCAGGUCGGCCAUCACUAUAUUCCCCCAGAGGACAGACGGCAAGCAUGACUUCCGAGUGUGGAACUCACAGCUCAUCCGCUAUGCUGGCUACAAGCAACCAGAUGGCUCUACCUUGGGGGACCCUGCGAAUGUGCAGUUUACAGAGAUCUGUAUUCAGCAGGGCUGGAAAGCCCCGAGAGGCCGCUUCGAUGUCCUGCCACUCCUGCUCCAGGCCAAUGGCAAUGACCCUGAGCUCUUCCAGAUCCCCCCAGAGCUGGUCCUGGAAGUGCCCAUCAGGCACCCCAAGUUUGACUGGUUUAAAGACCUGGGGCUCAAAUGGUAUGGCCUCCCUGCUGUGUCCAACAUGCUGCUGGAGAUUGGGGGCCUGGAGUUCAGCGCCUGUCCCUUCAGCGGCUGGUACAUGGGCACAGAGAUCGGCGUCCGUGACUACUGUGACAACUCUCGAUACAACAUCCUGGAGGAAGUAGCCAAGAAGAUGAACUUGGACAUGAGGAAGACGUCCUCCCUGUGGAAGGACCAGGCGUUGGUGGAGAUCAACAUUGCUGUUCUGUACAGCUUCCAGAGUGACAAGGUGACCAUCGUUGACCACCACUCUGCCACCGAGUCCUUCAUCAAACACAUGGAAAAUGAGUACCGCUGCCGAGGAGGCUGCCCUGCCGACUGGGUGUGGAUUGUGCCCCCCAUGUCGGGCAGCAUCACCCCUGUCUUCCACCAGGAGAUGCUCAACUAUCGACUCACCCCAUCCUUCGAAUACCAGCCUGACCCAUGGAACACGCAUGUGUGGAAGGGUACCAAUGGAACCCCCACGAAGCGGCGAGCGAUUGGCUUCAAGAAAUUGGCAGAAGCUGUCAAGUUCUCGGCCAAACUGAUGGGGCAGGCCAUGGCCAAGAGGGUCAAAGCAACGAUUCUCUAUGCCACGGAGACAGGCAAAUCACAAGCCUACGCCAAGACCCUGUGUGAGAUUUUCAAGCAUGCCUUUGAUGCCAAGGCAAUGUCCAUGGAGGAAUACGACAUUGUACACCUGGAGCAUGAAGCCCUGGUCUUGGUGGUCACCAGCACCUUUGGCAAUGGAGACCCCCCUGAGAACGGGGAGAAAUUUGGCUGUGCUUUGAUGGAGAUGAGGCACCCGAGCUCCGUGCAGGAGGAAAGGAAGUACCCGGAACGCUUGCAUUUCUUUCCCCGUAAAGGGCCUUCCCUGUCCCAUGCUAACUUUGAAGCCCACAGUCUGGUUGCUGUCGGUGACAACCAGCACAGGAGCUACAAGGUUCGAUUCAACAGCGUCUCCUCCUAUUCUGACUCCCGCAAGUCGUCAGGUGAUGGGCCCGACCUCAGGGACAACUUUGAAAGUACUGGACCCCUGGCCAAUGUGAGGUUCUCAGUAUUCGGCCUGGGCUCUCGGGCGUACCCUCACUUCUGCGCCUUUGGGCAUGCAGUGGACACCCUCCUGGAGGAGCUAGGAGGGGAGAGGAUUCUGAAGAUGAGGGAGGGGGAUGAGCUCUGCGGGCAGGAAGAGGCUUUCAGGACCUGGGCCAAGAAGGUCUUCAAGGCAGCCUGUGAUGUGUUCUGCGUUGGGGAUGACGUCAACAUCGAGAAGGCGAACAAUUCCCUCAUCAGCAACGACCGCAGCUGGAAGAGGAACAAGUUCCGCCUCACCUAUGUGGCUGAAGCUCCAGAGUUGACACAAGGUCUUUCCAAUGUGCACAAAAAGCGAGUCUCGGCUGCUCGAUUCCUUAGCCGCCAAAACCUGCAGAGCCCCAAGUCCAGCCGAUCAACCAUCUUCGUGCGUCUCCACACCAACGGGAAUCAGGAGCUGCAGUACCAGCCAGGUGACCACCUAGGUGUCUUCCCUGGCAACCACGAGGACCUCGUGAAUGCACUCAUUGAGCGGCUGGAGGAUGCGCCGCCUGCCAACCACAUGGUGAAGGUGGAGAUGCUGGAGGAGAGGAACACAGCUCUGGGCGUCAUCAGCAAUUGGAAGGAUGAGCCUCGCCUCCCACCCUGCACCAUCUUCCAGGCCUUCAAGUACUACCUGGACAUCACCACGCCACCCACGCCCCUGCAGCUGCAGCAGUUCGCCUCCCUGGCCACCAGCGAGAAAGAGAAGCAGCGGCUGCUGGUCCUCAGCAAGGGGCUGCAGGAAUAUGAGGAGUGGAAAUGGGGCAAGAACCCCACUAUUGUGGAGGUGCUGGAGGAGUUCCCGUCCAUCCAGAUGCCGGCCACACUUCUCCUCACCCAGCUGUCCCUGUUGCAGCCUCGCUACUAUUCCAUCAGCUCCUCCCCAGACAUGUACCCCGACGAAGUGCACCUCACUGUGGCCAUUGUCUCCUACCACACUCGAGAUGGGGAAGGACCCAUUCACCACGGCGUGUGCUCCUCCUGGCUCAACCGGAUACAGGCUGAUGACGUAGUCCCCUGCUUCGUGAGAGGUGCCCCUAGCUUCCACCUGCCUCGAAAUCCCCAGGUCCCUUGCAUCCUGGUUGGCCCAGGCACCGGCAUCGCACCCUUCCGAAGCUUCUGGCAACAGCGACAAUUUGACAUUCAACACAAAGGAAUGAAUCCCUGCCCCAUGGUCCUGGUCUUUGGGUGUCGACAAUCCAAGAUAGAUCAUAUCUACAGAGAGGAGACCCUGCAGGCCAAGAACAAGGGUGUCUUCCGAGAGCUGUAUACUGCCUAUUCCCGGGAACCUGAUAGGCCAAAGAAAUACGUGCAGGACGUGCUGCAGGAGCAGCUGGCCGAGCCUGUGUACCGCGCCCUGAAGGAGCAAGGAGGCCACAUCUAUGUCUGUGGGGAUGUCACCAUGGCCGCCGAUGUCCUCAAAGCCAUCCAGCGAAUAAUGACCCAGCAGGGAAAGCUCUCAGAGGAGGAUGCUGGUGUGUUCAUCAGCAGACUGCGGGAUGACAACCGGUACCAUGAGGACAUCUUUGGAGUCACCCUGCGAACAUAUGAAGUGACCAACCGCCUUCGAUCUGAGUCCAUUGCCUUCAUUGAAGAGAGCAAAAAAGACACAGAUGAGGUUUUCAGCUCCUAACUGGAUCCUCCUGCCCCAUGGGAUAGUGGGGUGGCCACCCCAAGUGCCCAAGCUAGGGCGGCCACAGUUGACUAACCGCGGACACACAUGGCUGAACCUUCCCCACGGGACCCCAUGUGACCCACCCUGCCUUUUGUCCUGUUGCUGUGUCCUGGUCCUUCCUCCCACCCCACAUUCCCAACCCUGGGUUUUCUCCUUGCCUCUUCUGUAAUGCAUUGUCCCUGUACCCUGCAGUGGCUCUUACAAAACUACACCCUCCCCACCCACUCGUUGCCAAGGACAGGUUGUGGCGCAUGAAACCGCUGGGUCAUGGCUGUCACUCCUGUUGGGGUCUGAAGGCACCUGGCACUGGGCUUCAGAGUCACCCUGAGCCAGUCCCUUGACCACUUCAGCACCUCCCGUGCGUGCGUGCGUGCGUGCGUGUGUGUGUGUGUGUGUGUGUGUGUGAGACAGGCCUAGGUCACUCUCUGUCCUCUUACCUGAGUCCUCUGCCUCCGUGAAGGACGUCCAGUGUCCACUGCCUUCGUGAAGAACGUUCAGUGUCAUGAAACGUGUUCCUAACUAUUGUUAAUCCCUCUCCAUGUCCAUCAUGACAGAUCUGUGUCAGCCUCUCUGAAACACAUCAAGUCCCUUUACUAAUCUAGUGGACCAAUCAGAGUGGGAGAUAGGCAGGUGAUGGAGAGAUGUCCCUUUGAAGGAGUCAGUUAUUGAAUUCAAGGUGUUCAGAGUCUGACCCCCGUCAACAGAGGUCUGUCUGGGAGAUUUACCCAGAUGGUGAAUUGGGCAAGCACCUCCCCACCCCCACCCACCUCAGCUGGGGCCACCAGCCCUUGAGCUCCCUCCCUGUACCUAGGCAACCCCAGCUAAGAGCCCAGCAGCCAUGCUGAGCAAGGAAGCAUGCUGGGAGUACAGACAAGGAAGGGUGUGCCUAACUCUAAGUCUGCCCUUAUUGAAGGAAUGGAAGUGCCUCCCGGAGUGCUUUGGAGCCUGGAAGUAAACACCAAGGAAGAAGAAGAUAGCUGGUUUUUAUUCCUCCAAAUCGGCUUGCCUCCCACUUGCGAAUAAUUUCCUCUCCCACACCCCACCCCUAAAACGAGCAGCCAUAGCCGGGGCAAGUUGGCCCUUGGAGACAACUGUGUUCUGAGUCAGCAGGCCCAAGGGGUCGGCUCUGAGUCCCAUGUUCUGUGCUUUUGUUUGGUUCUGUGAUGCAGAAAAAAACGAAACAAAAUAUUUCCUCCACGUCCUGAGCCAGGGCCUGGCUCUCUUGAUGCUAAGUAUGGGGGCUGCCAUAUAGAAAGUGCCAAGGACUUUACAGUUGUGGCCCCAAACCUAAAAACGUCAAUCCUUCCUUCCUUCCUUCCUUCCUUCCUUCCUUCCUUCCUUCCUUCCUUCCUUCCUUCCUUCCUUCCUUCCUUCCUAACUUCCUUCCUUUUAUCCAUUUUCCCAGACAGGGUCUACUGUUGCCCAGGCUGGCUUUGAACUCAUGACCUUGAAUUGCUAAUCCUCUUGCCUCUACUUCCCUAGCUAGGAUUACAGGCAUGAACUAUGUCCAGUUUGCGCUGUGCUGGGGAGGGGGAAGGAGGGUGUCAAACCCACGAUUUUCUGCACACCAGGCAAGCACUCUACCAAUUGAUCAACAUCCCCAGUCUUCAGUCUUCAACCCGAAACUCAGAGACAGGUCUCAUGCUGCUCCGGACACCCCCACCACAUCCCAUCACUAGCAUGUGGAUUUGUCCCAGUUAUCACCCCCUGGCCCCAGUUAGUAGCAAUGUUUCCCCCAGUAGCCUGGAGGCAAGGCAGCGUCCUCUGACGGUCCCUCCAACACAGUUCCCACCACUUUCUUCCCAGGGACUUCCUUCUCAAUCCUUCAAGCCUCUGCGGACACUUCCUAAAAUGUAGUUGAUUCCCCAGAUCUGAACGGCUAUGCCCAACCUCCAUCCAAGAGCCUUCUCUCUGCACGCCAGCUACAUGCACGCCUGCAUGGGCGAUUUUUCCACCUCUGAAUAAGGAGUGCUUACCAUGUGACAGGCUCCUCCCCACCCCCACCCCUGUAUAUCCGGGUGCUCCCAGUAGCAGGUGGACAGAUGGAAGCUUCGUGUCACUUGCCAGAGAGUCCAAAGACAGAUUACAUAACCGGGUUCAGGAGGGACUUUGGUUUUCCAGUGCUAAAGGUGAGACCCAGGGCCUCACGUGUGCCAGACUGAGCUAUGUCCCCAACCCCCAAGAGAGAAUGGUUUAAAAAAGACCUUUGAACUUUUAACCUAGGCAUCCUCCUUAGCCCCUGGCUAGAAAGCCAGAGACCGGCUGAAUGCCCUAAUCUUUUUCCAGAAAGCCCUCUAAAUUGCUUGUCCAAUGGCUGACUAAAGUGACCAUCUAGAGUGGGCCAAUACUGCCCUCUGCUGGUGGAUUUUAGUUCAUCCCACAGCCAGCAACAAGGGAAUCUACAGCUUAGAAUAAGAGAGCAGAGUUCAAGACUCAGUUUGUAGCGGUCUGUUUACCUCACCUUCUAUCUGACAGUAGCUUCAACCCCACUUCACAAAAGCAGGUUUGGCCAGGAAGAAGAAGAUGACCCCUCAAAACAGGAGGGCUGGAGACUUAGGCUCCCUGCCAUCCCUGGAACGCCAGCAUUCAGCCUGUGGGAGGGGAAGAGAGCUUCUCUCAUGUCCUUGGGGAAGAAAGCAGGUGAUUUGGGGACACAAAAGCCGAGGUGCCCCCUAUGAAGUUUCACAUGCACACCUGACCCACGUGUUAAUUCUGCCUUGUUUAUGAAGAAGGCCUGGUUCCUUGGCGUUCUGAGAACCCGGGUCUACUGAGCAGGGUGGCUUUAAUGAGAUAAUGGUCUAUGGCAGUGCCAACUCCAGCUCUAAUGAGCUUCCAUUUCCCCUUAUGGCUGGGACAACACUGUUCCGACAUCAAGAUUAUCACCGUCACUAGUUUAAAAGGGGGGGAGGAGGGGCAGGCAGAUUUUAUGCUAAGUCAACAAUACUCGCUACAGUCUGUCAUGAAGAGUGAAGACAGAGAGAGAUCCUUCCCCCCUGCACCCCUCCCUCCCCCCGUACCCUGUGCACUUCCCCCACCCCACCCUCCACCCCCAUCCCCACCAUGGACAAGAAAGUCAUCAGGACAAAGGAAGAAAGCUGAAUCAGCCAGAAAACACAGGACCGAGGGUGUGGAUUUCCCUGGCAAAGGCCUGCUUUGGGAAGCAAGAGUUCAGGUUUCUCCUAAGGCCAGGGCAAAAUGCAAUGGUUCUGACUCUGAUGUCUGAGCCCCCAUCCCUGCAGCGCUACACACACACACACACACACACACACUUACACGCCACAUCAUACACACACACCGCACACACUGCACACACACGGAGCCUUUCGCUGUGCCCUAGAAAAGUCCUUCUAGGUAGAGUUCAGCCAAGGUUUGCUUUUAUUUUCCUUCCAUCUCUGGCUCUGCCUCCUCAGGACUCAACCUUGAGAGGUUCAGGCUGGCCCGACUCUUUCUCUUUUCUCACUCACUGCCAGACCACCUAGAGGGAAAGGCACCCAAGAGGACUCACUGGCCAUGAAGUGUCUUAAACAAGAGGACCCAGGGACUCCCGGACUUCCGGGGGCAUCCCCAAAGUGAAAAUGCUCCAUAUCUAAAAUAUCUUGUUGGAAGUACCAAGAUACCGCAAUUGAAUGCUUUAGUUCAUUCAUGAAAUGAUCUAAAAGAAUGGGCAGACUGGGCAUAAACUCAGGGAUAGAGUUUGCCUAGCCUGCGGAGUCCUUGGGUCCUUCCCAGCAUCAUCAGUAAAUUGUUCCGGGCUAUGUAUGUAAGAGAUAUAUAUAGAUAUACGUAUAUCUAUAUAUAUAUGAAUCAUAAAAGAAUUUCAUGAUUAGAGGUGGGUCCCGUCUACCAAAUAUCCCAUUAGGAAUAUGCAAAUAUUAUGUUUUUUUUUUAAAUCCAAAAUCGAAAACAUUUCUUGUCACAAGUAUUUCAUCAAAGUAAAGUCAACCAACCUAUCAGAAUCAAGGGUGAUAUUGGGGUAAGCAUGCCUCAGCUGUGUUUAUAAGUUUGUUUCGUUCCGACAUAUCUGAGUGGCUCCGGAUAACUGGGCAUCCCUGACCCAAGGCAGUCAGUUCCUAAUGAAGUGUCCCUGGAAGGCAGAAGCAAGGGUGACUUCACGAACUGAUAAUCUCCUAGCCGAGUCAGGACAUGGAAGUGACCGGGUUUAGUCGUGACCUCUAGGAGAUUCCAGCCAGGAACGCACUAACCUUAGCCUUCUUGUUUGGAGCACGGCUGUCUUGGUACUGUAGGAUGGUGAAUACCAUUUAUGGUCUUUCCUACUAAAUGCCUCUGGCGGCCUCCCGCCAUCUGGGACAGCCACAAAGGUCACUAGAAAGUACUGAGUGCCCCUGAGAGGGCAGGACCUUCAGCCAUUGGACCAAGCAACCAUUGCUUUUGGGUCUCAGGGGCCAUGGAGCUGUUUACCUGCGGCUGUAGGCCUUCUGGUUAUAGAGCUAAAGAAAGCCAGAAACCUGCCUCAGUUCGAUGGUUGCUUCUUUAACCUCCUUCAAACCAACAAUGACAUAGCAAAGUCUCAAAACUCCCAAGUCAGAGGGUAGCUCAGCGUUCUUAAGACAGAGGCACUGAGGAGCCACCUCUCAUGUAGGGUCUGAGGUUAUCCCCUGUCCCUAUCCCGCCUCCGUGCCCCAAGCUCUGUCUUUCCACUUUUGUCACUGUGUUGUCCUUGUGACUGUACAACCCACUCCAGGCUAGGCAAUUGCUUGCCAGAAGUCCCACAUCCCACAUGGGAUCAGGUUACACCCAGAGGGUUCAC